AUUCUCACUUGAGUGUUUAGAAUUAUUUUGCAUUGUUAUGUAAGUCACCAGAGAACAGAAAGAAUACGACUUAAUUUGUGAGACGAAAAUCUUGGGCUGUCUGGCUCAAUACGGAGGCAGCCUGGCAAUCCUAGUACUUACCGGGGAGCUGACCAGCCCAGCGCAGGGAGGGCAGUUUCUUCCCACUUUUUUCCAGUUGUGAUCAUUAAUCGGGACUGAGUACUUGGCUUAUCUGCCCUUGUGUUGUUUUUUUUAGAAACGGGAGUCCCAGGAGCUGGGAGGAGUGGAAUGAACCGUGAGGGCGUCCCCGGGAAGAGUCCGGAGGAGAUGUACAUCCAGCAGAAAGUGAGAGUUCUCCUCAUGCUUAGGAAGAUGGGAUCAAAUUUGACUGCCAGUGAAGAGGAAUUCUUGCGGACGUAUGCAGGUGUAGUGAAUAGCCAACUUAGCCAGCUUCCUCAGCACUCAAUUGAUCAGGGUGGUGCUGCAGGACUCCUGGUUCCAGCAUUUAUGAUGGGAUACUGGCCCAGAUGGACCAUUGGUCUGACCCAGAAUGACCAUUCUGAUGUUCUUCAAGUGUACACUUUACCAGGUGCUGAGGACGUGGUGAUGGCGUUUUCCAGAUCAGAGACGGAAGACAGAAGGCAGUAAUUAGAGUGUCUGAGCCACACAGAGUUGGAGAAGGCAAUGAGAUUCCUGAAGAUAGAGGAUGGCUGAGCAUUAACAAGUUCCUUUGCCCACCCCUAAUUUUCCAUGGCAGCCCUUGCCCUUUUCCUUUAAAUUUUGCUUCCUUUUGCCCAACUCCCUGAACACAUCUCACAGCCAUCUGUUCCUAUACACUGUUGCUACUCAUCUGGGCUGUGUUAUCAAGGACGAAGUCAGUGAUGCAUUUACACUUGAUUCAAAGGGACAGACUGUUUUUGAUUGGCUAAAGGAAGACAAUUUUUUAAACUUGACCAAUGGAAAUCUUUUAUUGUAGUUCUGAUAUUAUUUUAUAUUUUAAAAUAAGUCACUUGACAUCCUUCUUUUAAAGAAGCUUUUCGAGUUCUGGUUAUAUUUGUGAAUUUGAAGGGGGUUUUGUUGGCUGCAUAGAACUGGAAUUGAAUUGUCAUUGGCUGGUAAUGCUUAUGCUUUUUCUAGACUGCUUGCAGGUAUUUUGCUGACAAUGUUUUUAUUGAAAGUUGAUUUUUUUUUUUUGGUGCAUUGGUUAUUACUUUUCACUUUAUUGACCUGAGGGGGGAAGAAGACAAAUGUUCUUUGCAAUAUUUAUUACACACAUUCACACUCUUGGUUUUUUUUUUUUUUUUUUUUUUUUUUUUUUGAUUGGCUUAAGAACUGUGUUUUUAAUUUGCUAUUAGCUCCAAGGUCUCCCAUGCAAUCAGUUUUUCCAUACUUAUCUGUUCUAUGGCCUCUGGCUCUUUUGGGAGCAUAUGUCAAAAGCAUAUUUACUUUAAUAAGUUGCAGCUAGAAUGUGGCAGUCUGCAGCCCUGCCUCUGAUUUGCUAUGGGCAGUAUCAAUGAACUCCUGCUGAGAAACUUAGCAUUGGGGUGGCUUCUUCUCUUCUGACAGAAGUUGUAGAUUUGCAGGAAUUGCAAGAUGAGAUCUGUGGCUGUGACAUUAAAUUACCAAAUUUGUAUAGCAUAUAAAUGAGUUGUGUAAAAUAGCGCAUUACACACUUUAACCCUUUAAUUGCUGCACAGGAUUUAGUUCUCAAAUAGGGGAACACUACCACCUAUCAACUCACAUCCAUGUUGCACUGGAAUAUAAUGUUGGUUAUCACCUGCAGUAUUAUGUGCAGUAGGGCUCUAGCACCUACAGUAAUUCAGUGAGAUGGAAGUUAACGGUCUCCAGGAUUAGUCAUUUUUUCUGUGGCCAUUGCUCUACUGGUGGCAGUGGGAAUGCACUAAACUGCCCAAUCAUGAGUUUACAUGUGACACUCUCAGAUGUGGGAGAAGAGAUAGGGCCUUCAUCUGCAGUGAAAUUUUAAAAGCAUGCACUCUUCAGGAAUCUGCACAGCAAAUAUUAAAAUCCUGAGGUACCUAGUGCUGCUACCUAAAACCAAGCACUUCAUUCUCUGUUAUGUCAGUGUAUUUUUACAAUACUUCUAGACCCUGUUGUGGGUAGCACUGAUUUAAAAUAUUUCAUCCCUAUUUAAAUAUAAAUCCAUUCACCUGUACCUACUCUGUUUCAUGCGGUUGUUAAUUAUUUGGCAUAACAGCUCAGGAACCUGGCUGUGACUACUUGACUGUUCUCAUGACAUGCAACUAUGACGAUAUUCAAAUCUCAAAAGUGAACAACCCAGGAGAAAUCAUUGGAAUAUGUGUGGGAAAGAGAAGUGGGACUUUAUCUUGAACAAAUAACUAUUGUGUAAAUGGGAACGACUGUAAUUCUAUAAAAAGAUCCUUUUCAAUUACAUCUUUGUAAAGUUUCAAUGUGAAAGUUAAUCUCUUACCUCAGUUGAUUGAGGCUGGAUAACAUUUCCCUGUAUUAAAAUGAAACCAGUAAUGAGCCCAAUUGGUUCUUAUGAUUUGAACUAAGAUGCACUUUGGUGCAAAGGGGGCAUCCCCUAAAGGGUUAAUUUAAGGUGGUACGUGUUUCUGGUGCUGGCUGGAGUGCCAGGCUGGAUUGUAGUGGCCUAUCAUUGUCAAAGCUAACAUGCAUACUCCAUGUGUAUCUAUGGCAUUUCUGAGCUGUUACAUCUUUUUAAGAAGAAAAGUGAAGUGUUUCUGUGGUUUAAUCUUUUGAUUAAAAAUGUAACUGUUGGGGGAAAAUACAGUUUUUAAUAGCUA